AUGGCUUCGAGCGAUCGGGGCAAUUUCCAGCGCCCACAAGCUGUCCUUCGUGACAGCAUUUCCAACAAACCUGGAUCCAAAUUCCCAGCAGAACGAGGCAGAUAUCAUCUCUACGUCAGCUAUGCUUGCCCUUGGGCGCAUAGGAUAUUGAUUGCUCGGAAACUCAAAGGCUUAGAAGAGAUCAUCCCAUUCACGUCUGUACACUGGCUUCUUAAAGACGGCGGAUGGCGGUUUGUAACUGCCGAAGACAAUGACGCCGAAGGAGAAAAUGCUAUUCCCGACCCUUUGCAUGAACAUUUUACUCAUUUGCGACAAGUGUAUUACGAAACUGACCCUGACUAUCAAGCCCGGUUCAGCGUACCAGUCUUGUAUGACAAGAUCCAAAAGACAAUUGUAAACAACGAAAGUAGCGAAAUCCUUCGCAUGUUUGGCACAGAGUUUGACGACAUCAUUGAUCCAAAGUAUCGCGACGUAUCGUUAUACCCUGAAGCGCUGCAGAGUCAGAUUGAUGAGGUUCAAGCUUGGCAUUACGAUGACAUUAACAACGGCGUGUAUAAAUGCGGCGUUGCUACCACACAGGAGGCAUAUGAACACGCCGUAACGGAGCUUUUUGGGGCCCUUGAUAAAGUUGAAAGCCAUUUUGCAUCGACUGGCGGGCCUUACUGGUUUGGCCAGAGCCUUACCGAAGUCGACAUUCGGCUAUAUGUCACGAUCAUCCGCUUUGAUCCUGUAUAUGUUCAGCAUUUCAAAUGCAACAUUCGAGAUAUCCGAUCCGGCUACCCUCACAUUCAUAAGUGGUUACGAAACCUAUACUGGAACAUCCCAGCGUUCAAGGAAACUACUAAUUUCCAUCAUAUCAAAAACCAUUAUACCAAAAGCCACACUCCCAUCAACCCUUUUUCAAUCACUCCAGUUGGACCGCUCCCGCAUAUCUUACCUCUAGAUAAGGAGGUGGCCGCUGUGGAAGUAGCUGCACAACCCUGA